AUGAAUUCACAUCUCUUCCGAGUAAUCUGUAUACUCCACUCCGUAAUCGCACUCACGAGCGGGACCCUGAUGAUGUUCUACACAGAGAAAGCCUCCAUCUUUGGCCACGGCAGCGACAUAGCUAACAAGCUCAAAGGCUCAACGCCUCACGACGAGCUGCUCAUCCGGAUCUCUCAGUCUUUCUCCGGUUUGCUCCUCUUUGCCAUAGGUUUGGUGCUGUUCAUGGUGUCCUUCGUUAAGGAUACAGAGUUUCAUGGCUUUUUCGCUGGAGGGUCGGUGAUUCUCUAUGUGCUUAUGGCGUUGUGGAGAGUUGUGUUUGAGUGGAAGGUUGAAGAUCUUGCGUUUGAGUGUCCUAAGCAAGCACUUGGAGAUAUUGCUUUGGCUGUUUCGUGGGUGUUCUUUCUAGUUUAUACUUGGAGGGAGAAGUAUGAUUGAUUGGUUGAUGAUGCAAGAGAACCAUUAGCUUUGGUGGGAAGUGAAGUGUCUUUAGAUCAAAACCAUUGUUGGUUUCCAUAGUUGUCAGAAGAUCAAGUGUGAAUUAAUUGGAUUUUGUUGUUGAUAUAGAGGAAUUGUCAAUGAAAAUAAAGUGUUGGUGACUA